AUGACAUGCAUUGAAGAAAAUGAAGUCCAGUCUGCCAGCUCCCAGUCAGUCAGAGAGCCCUUCUUCCCUGAUGAAUCCAGGUCCUGCUGCCAUCAGAGAACUGAGAGCUUCCUGGGAGCAGAGCACCAGGCUGGAGACCCAAAACAGACCUAUGGCCAAUGGUGGCAGAGUCUAUGUAGAACUGUGCUUCGUGGUGUUCUUGGAAAAACCUUUCGACUUGUUGGCUAUACUAUUCAGUACGGCUGUAUAGCUCAUUGUGCUUUUGAAUACGCCGGUGCUGUUGUUAUGUGCUCUGGAUCGUCAAUGGAGUCUACAAUUAAAAAUUCAGAUAUUGUCUUUGCAGAUAAUCUUAGUCGACAUUUCUGUAGUAUCCAAAGAGGUGACAUUGUGACUGCAAAAAGCCCAAGUGAUCCAAAAUCAAAUAUUUGUAAAAGAGUAAUUGGUUUGGAAGGAGACAAAAUCCUCACUACUAGUUCAUCAGAUUUAUUUAAAAGACAUAGUUAUGUGCCAACAGGUCAUGUUUGGUUAGAAGGUGACAAUCUACAGAAUUCUACAGAUUUGAGGUACUAUGGACCUAUUCCAUAUGGACUAAGAAGAGAACGGAUCUUCUUUAAGAUUUGGCCUCUCAGUGAUUUUGGAUUUCUACGUGACAGCCCUAAUGGACACAGAUUUUCUGAUGAUUAG